AUGAAUUCGCACGGAAGCCCAAACCCUUCGAUGGGAUCGCCCAUUAGAGACACGUCUCCCUUGUCUAUACCACCGGCCCCGAGCGUUUUGCGACAGUCCUUCCGUUCCUCUGGUCCUCCGAAACCUGAUCCAGAGAGAGACGAAUUACGAGUGCAGGUUAAUACCCUGAAAUAUGAGUUGGAGAAUUCAAAACAGGAACGCGAGUUGAUGGUUCUCCGUCACGAGAAAGAGUUCCGAGAACUCCAAUCAAGAGCAGACGCGGAUUUCCGAAAAGCGCAAACCGCUGAAUCUUCUACCAAUCGCGCCAAUCACAAAGCCGAAUCCCUCGCCAGGGAGUUGAGAGAAGCGCAAGAAGAUGGGCUCAACGCGAAAGUCGACCUCGAGCGGAAGGUUCGCAGUCUUCAGGAUCAGAACCAGUCUUUGAAGGAGGAAUUCGCAGACAUCCAACAACAAUCACUCGAUCAGGAAAGACAGUCAAAGUACCAAAUCAAUGAAUUAGAAACAAUUCGGUCAUCACUACAGAAAACCCUGGAGGAGCUGCAUCGAGACAUUGAAACUGCAAAGGGCGAGGCACAGACAUCACAAGAUAGGCUCCGUGAGCGCGAGUCAGAGAUCGCUGAUCUGGAAGCGGAGAAUAUUCGACUGAAGGCGGAAGGAAGUGAUGCAGAUUCGCUAGUUGUACUGAAGAGGGAGCUUUCCGACCAAGUCAACCAUAUCAGAAAUCUGGAAACUACAAAUAGGGAGCAAAACGCAGAGCUGCGGCACCUACGAAAGGUGCAACGGAAUGUUGAAGUGGUUGAAGAGCAAAAGAAGUCAUUGGAGAACCAGCUACAGCUCAUGAAAGGCGUUGAGGCUGAACUCGGGACGCUUCAGAUUCAGAAACAAGUACUCGAAGACGAGCGGCAGUCAUGGUCUAGCCUGUUACAAGAUAACGAUCAAUCCCCGGAAUAUGACUCACCGGAGGCUGUCGUAAAGGCGUUGUUGAAGGAGCAGCUCGAGAAAGCUAGUGCAAUUGACAAGCUUGGAAGCGUUGAAGCACAAUUCCUAGAGAAGGAUGAAUUAAUCAGAAGCCUGGAAACUGAACGAUCCAACUUGAAACAAGAGGUGGAGAAGCUUCGUGCUGCUGGAACAACAACCGGGGGAUCCAUGGUGGACAGCCGUGUCAAAGCCCGACUUGAGCGACAGCGAGCACUUGCGCAGAAGGAAGUGGAAUAUCUCCGCGCCCAGCUGAAAACAUUUGACACCGAGGAAGAAACAAUGAACGCAGAACAGGGCCAAUUUGAUGCACAGAAGGCCGAACAAAUCGCCCAUCUCGAGAAGAUGAUUGACGAAUAUCGCCAGGAACUAGCCAACGCUCACGAAGAGCUAUCCAAACGCGAAAUUUCACAGCAAGACAAUACGCAACCUAGGGGAAUGAAACGUCCUCUUUCACCUGCAGAAAGUGAUGCAGAAACCGAGCGCCUUUCUGUUUUAUCUCGAAAGAAUAGAAAGUUGCAAGACGCCCUUUCCAAAUCCGAGCAGGGCAUGGCACUUUUGCGAAAGGAAUUUGAUGCCACCAAAUCUCAACUCAGAUCUCUGAAAGCAAAAUCACGAACUCGCGUCCUUGAACUCCGAGAUAACCCUACUGCCCAGGCCGAGAACCUCAAACUCUCGACCAUCACCACCCUAAAGAACGAAAACCGGGACCUUAUGGCUCAACUCCACGGCCGAAACCAGGACGUGAAAUUCGUCCCCAUCACCACCCUCGAAAGCAUGAAGAUCGAGGUCCAAGACAUGGAACGCGUAGUCGCAGAGAAGGAAAAGCGCAUGCGCCGCCUUAAAGAAAUUUGGACUGCCAAGUCCUCCGAGUUCCGUGAGGCCGUCGCCUCUUUAUUAGGAUUCAAACUUGACUUCCUUCCGAAUGGCCGAGUCCGUGUCACGUCUAUGUUCCACCUCUCCUCUGCCUACAGACACGGCGACAGCAAUGCCGACCCAGACGCGCGCGGGCCAGGAAGCAUGGGCAACGGCGAGGAAAACUCCAUCAUCUUUGAUGGAGAAAACGGCACAAUGAAGAUCUCUGGCGGGCCAAACAGUCUUUUCGCCAUGGAGAUUAAACAUCUAAUCAAGUUCUGGGUCGAGGAGAGGAAAGAUAUACCCUGUUUCCUCGCUGCGAUGACAUUGGAUUUCUACGAUAAGACAACGAGGGCCGCGAGAAUUUAA